UGUCGCUGUGUGAGUCCUGUCUGCGCCAGGCUUCUGAGGAUUUAUGCCAAAUAGGGGUGUUGUUCCAUGUUCAAAUUCGAUGAUAUUCGGUGAUUUCUUAGACAAAGGUGUAGGAAGCGGAGGCGGUGGAGGAGGAGGAGAGCGAUGGCGUUGUCGCUCACGAGUGUGCUAUGGCGUGGUUUGACUGAACAAGGGGCGUUUAGGCGAAGUACGCUGUCUAUUCGCGCCUUCUCAUCGUCGUUUUCAAACUCUAUUUCUGAGGAAGAGAUUCGGCGUUUUGAGGAGGAUGGGGCCACUGUGGUGCGUCAACUUUUCCCGCCUGAGUGGAUCGAUCAACUUCGCGCUGCGGCCGAAGAAAACAUGAAAAAUCCAGGCAUACUAUGUGACGAACACGUAAAACCAGGCGAGCCAGGACGCUUUCAUGAUGAUCAGUUUCUUUGGAGACGGCAUGAGACGAUGCGGCGCUUCAUCUACGAGUCUCCUGCCGCCGAAAUAGCACGACAAAUGAUGCGGGGAGAGAAGGUCCAGUUAUUUUAUGAUCAACUAUUUGUGAAGGAGCCUGGCACACGCAAGGCCACCCCUUGGCACAAUGAUCACAGCUACUGGCAACUGAAGGGUAAUCAAGUCGUCUCUUUGUGGCUGGCAUUGGAUCCCGUCCCGAAAUCCUCCUGUGUCAAGUAUGUCAAAGGAUCGCACAAGUGGCAGCUUUUUCACAAGAUUGCCUCAUUCUCAGGUGAUGAGCAGCGCUACAAAGAGUCCGCUGCCCUACCUGAUGCUCCAGAUAUUGAAAAUAGACGUGACGAGUUUGAGCUGUUGACCUGGGAUAUGGAUCCUGGUGACUGUUUAGUGCACCAUAGCUUUGCUGUUCAUGGUGCUCCUGGUAUCUCUUCACAAAGUGGACGGCGUAGAGCAUAUGCCACUCGCUGGUUUGGGGAAGAUGUUCGAUUUGAUCCUCGCCCUGGGACAAUGCAUUAUGUGUGGUUGAAUGCUGGGUUGGAGUUACAAAAUUUGAAAGCAGGCGAACCUUUGGACUCGAAUGUGUUCCCAAAAGUUGAACCAUCUUCAGAGUUUAAAGCCUAGAGCGUGCUUUGUAUUCCAGAACCGCUGGAACAGGGAUCAGUUUCUCUCUUGGUUUUAUUCCAUUUCUGCGGCAUCGAGACUUCAUAAUGUGCAACCAAGACAGGAUAAAUCAAAGUUGAUAGUUCUGACAGUUAUUAUGUAGCACGAUGUUCCAUAGUCACCAGGAUCUACUAUCAAAUGACAGGAUGGAAACGAAAGGAGCAUUUCAUGACGCAGUGAAUAAAAGAUUAGAUUCUGUAUCAUAGCUAACUCCUUAGGUUGGCUGAGGCUGCGUAUGAAGGUUAUCAGUACAGUAUGUAAUAUAAACAUGUUUCAUUCAUCCAGUAGCACUUAGCUGAAGAGGAUUCUUGUGAACAUAUGGAAUUGUUCCCCUGGCAGACGUUCAUUUUGAUCUUCACAGAAACUGCA